AAGUCUAGGGCAGGACACACACUCUCACACUCGGCCACUGACUGAACAGCAAACUCAGCUGCAGAGUCAUGAAGAUCCUUGUGGUGCUUGUUCUCGCCGUUUUCACAGGCUGCAAUGCCAGAGCCGUGAAGCAACAACAGCCCAAACAGCAGAUCGACAUGGUCAGAGAUGCUUUCUGGGAGUACGUUGGCAAGGCAACCUCGACUGCUGAGGACUCUCUGAAGCAGAUCCGACAGUCUGAGCUGGGAAAGGAAGUGAACACACUCAUCUCUGAAAGCACCAAUGCUGUCAACCAUUUCAGCGAUGCCAUGCGCACUCAGGUGGCUCCUCUCACCAAGGACCUCAUGUCUAAGCUCUCCAAGGAAGCCCAGCGGCUGCAGCUCCGCCUGCAGAAAGAUCUGACCACCAUGGGCACCAAUCUGCAGCCCUAUGCCGAGGAGCUGGCGUCGGACCUGCAGAAGAAGGUGGAGGAGCUGAGGAGCGAGGCUGUGCCUUAUGCCAACGCCAUGGACUCUGACGCGCUGAGGGCCGUCCUGCUGCAGAGGAGCCAGGAGCUGAAGGUGCAGCUGGAGAAGACCGUGAAGGAGCUGCAGGGCCAGGUGGUGCCCUACACGGAGGAGAUGAAAGAGAAGAUGGAGGAGAGUGUGGAGGAGUUUCAGAGGAGCAUGAUCCCCAUGACCCAGAGCUUCCAGUCCCAGCUGAGCCAGAAGACCCAGGAGAUCCAGAAGAACUUGGCUCCAUUGGGAGAGGAGCUGAGGGCCAAGCUGGACGGCGACGCCCAGAACCUGAAGAAGCAACUGACCACUCUCUGGCAGUCCUUCACCAAGAUGAUGCAGUAAAAAGACAAACAAACCCUGAAGCUAUGUUAGGUUUAAGUUAUUUUCUCCUGCUGCCGCCUCAGCAGUGAUGUUACCUCAUUUUCUAUGUUUUAUAUGCUCUCUUUGCAUAAAUGUCAAUAUUUAUUUGUCUUGACUGUUUACAACUGUGUGACCUGUGAAAGAACAAUAAACAGAGUGAAUGAAUUAA